CCUUGCGACUGAAAUCAGCCCACCCAGCACCCACGAGUGUCACGUGUGCAGCAAGCAGCAAGCGGAGAAGUGUGUGUGUGUGUGCGCGGCAGAGCAAGUGGCAGACGGCUGAGAGAACGAUCCCACAGUUUGAGAGAGCAGCACACGCAUACAAGGAUGGCUGGGGCAAAGAAGAAGGGCGCCGCCGGGCGGACAGGGCAGCAGAAGCGGAGCAAGCAAGAAGCAGAACAGCAAACCGAACAGCUAGAGACACAACAGAAGAAGCAACAGCAGCAGCAGCAGCAGCAGAAACAGCAGAAGCAGCAGAAGCAGCAGAAGCAACAACAGAACAAGCAGGUUGGUGGCGAUGGUGCACCUGCUGCAAAGAAGGCGGCAACCACACCAGCCAAGGCCACCACAGCAAAGGGGGCCAACACCACCACCAACAACAACGACAAGAAAAAGACCAACAGCAACAAUAAGAAGAAGGCCAACACAGGCAGCAAACAGAAGGAGAAGGUGACAGAGGGCAGCGCAUCGACAGAAGACAAGAGUGCCGACGAAAUCGUGGUAAGCAUGGACGCUGACAGGCCCCUGAGCAGAAAGGAAAAGCGCAAGGCAAAGCGCCAACAGCAGCAGCAACAGCAGCAAACCGAAGAACAGGAUGUACAAGAUGAUGAUGAUGUUGAUGAUGGUGAUGUUGCAGAGCAUGGUGAUGGCGACGAUGACGACGAAGAUGACGAUGCACAUGAUGGCCUCGACAUGUCGGACGUCGCUCUGCACCCAAAGCUUGCGCGUCUCACGCAGCUGCAGACCAAGAAGAAGAGUCCAAGCUGGACAAACAGGCAGCGCACGCUCGUCUUCUCAUCUCGUGGCAUCUCGUUCCGCGUUCGCCACCUUCUCUCCGAUCUGCGGGCUCUCCUGCCGCACUCGAAGAAAGAGGUGAAGAUGGAGCGCAAGGACCGGCUGGGCGAGACCAUCCCGGAGAUUUGCGAGAUGCGCAACUGCAACAACUGCCUCUACUUUGAGAUGCGCAAGAAACGCGACGUCUACCUCUGGGUGUCCAAGAUGCCGCAUGGACCAUCCAUCAAGUUCUACGUCACAAACAUCCACACCAUGGAUGAGCUUCGUCUGACGGGCAACUGCCUCAAAGGUUCGCGGCCCCUCGUCCACUUCAGCAAGGAAUUUGAUCAGUCUCCGCACUUUCGGUUGAUGAAGGAGCUUCUCUUCCAGUCGUUUGGUGUGCCAAAGGACCACCCGAAGAGCAAGCCGUUUGUGGACCACGUUGUGUCGUUCUACGUGCUGGACGAGCGCAUCUGGUUCCGCCACUACCAGGUGGUGUGGAAGCCCAAGGGCAAGCUCGGGCGCGACGAGGAGACGCGGCUGGUGGAGAUUGGGCCCCGCAUGGUGCUGCAGCCCAUCCGCAUGUUCGAGGGCAGCUUUGGCGGGCCCACGCUGUGGAAGAACGCCGAGUACGAGCCGCCGCGUCCGCUCAAGUACAAGGGCGCAGAGGCAGUCGUCACGCACCGCAAGCCCCAGCACCAGCAGCAGCCUUCGGAUUGAUUGAUGGAAAGAGUGGUGGGCUUGAUUGGUUGGUGAUUGUGGUGGCUUGCUGUUGCGUCGUGUCUUUGUAGUCUUUUGUGUUGUGUCUGUUGUUUGUUGGUUGUAGUGAUUUCGAAUGAGUUUGCACGUUCGUGCGCGCGUGUUGUGCCAAGGCCCAUCCCUGUCCCCGCAAAGGUUGUCUGGUCAUGUGCGUAUCUUCCUCUUCCUCUCUCUCUCUCUCUCUUUCUGAUCUGAAUGACUGAUUUGUAUUGCUCGUCGUCUACGCACCACCAAGAAAUAAGAAACGCCGGCAAGAACGC